AUACCAUAAGACACAACCUACACGAAGACCAAACCAAAAAAAAAAAAGUCUCCACCAACAAAAAUGGCUAAGUCCUUAACUCUGGUCAUUGUCCUCUUCCUCCUCCUAACCAUUGCUUCACCACCGGCCCAAGCCGGAUCCAUGGGAGACAUGAGCCUCGGAUGGGCUACAGCCGGAGGCUGCCAUGGCUCGACCGCCGAGUGCGAUGGCGAGUUCGAGAUGGACUCAGAGAUCAACCGGAGGAUACUGGCCACCACCGACUACAUAAGCUACCAAGCCUUGCAGCGGAACAGCAUCCCCUGCUCGAGAAGAGGGGCCAGCUAUUACAACUGCCGGGCAGGAGCUCAAGCCAACCCCUACAGCCGUGGCUGCAGCGCCAUCGCCCGUUGCCGUAGUUGAAAGGACUCCAAAGCUCUUUUCUUCAUCUCCCUCUCUCUCUCUCUCUCUCUCUCUCUCUCUCUCUCUCUCUCUCUCUGUAGCUUCUGUCUCCUAUUCCUUCUUUUUAUGUACGUGAAGACAUAUGUUAAAGAAUACGAAUAAGAAUGUAUCUGUGUUUGAGAUCCAUUACAAAGAUAGAUCUGACAUAAUGAAGCAGUGCCCAAGUGAAAAUUCUUGUCAAUGAAACUUGGAACAGGGAAAGGCAAUGGGGGAGAAGAAACAAACUGACAGCGGUUUCAUUAUAGAGCUCUUAAGACUUAAACAAGGAACCAAAGAAUACGGAUGUCUCUGCACAGUACAGGAGUAUACCAAUCCAUAGUACAAAAA